CAUACUUCCUCAGAUAACAAGUCUUACACACCUGCGUGCUUCUUCAGAUACCUAAGGUGUGUCCAAACCAGAACCAUAGGUAGCACUCCCUUACCAAGCAUCCAACCAAAGUUCCUUUGAGCCCCCACUACAUGCGAAUUUUUAAAGAGUUUUCAUACCAGGGUCUGUAAAGCAGUGUUCCCAAACCCAAUCAGAACCAUAAAUUUCCUCCAAAGCUUUUCCCCGGAUUUCCUGCCAGGAAGUCUUCAGCUUUCCAGAUGGAGGAUAAGAGAGGUGGAGGACAGAUUGGCGGUAUUGAUAGUGUUUACAUGAGCUCUGACGAUGCUGAUUCAAUGAGAGAAACAAGGCUAGAUUAUAAGAACAACACAGGCGUGUCCGGGAUACAGCGUGUACUUAGUGCUUCUCCUCCCCAUGACACUCAUGCCUUUCAUCAACCUCAACUUCCUUCUGAAUUUCAAAGCAAAGAUUUCCAAAAGUUUCAAGAAAGGAGACGGAGUAGCAGUUUGGAUAGUAUAAGCAUGAGUUCUGACUUUGCACCAUUAAGUCAAAGUGCACAAGAAACACCAGAUGUCACUUGUAGUAUAAGAGUCUCCUCGUUGCCCCCAAAUAUUUCAGAUGAAUUAAUAAAUGACUUUUUUGAAAACACUAAACGGAGUGGAGGAGGAUAUGUGGAAUGUGUUGCCUAUGAUGAAACAAAGAAAACCGCCAUAAUCACAUUUCAAGAUCCUUCUGUUGUUGAAAGUGUGCUGAAAAAACAUAAAACUGAACCCCUUACUAUGGACGAGAUGCAAUUACAAAUUGAAGAAUAUCACCAAAAAACAGUUGAGAGUACAGGAAAAGUAGAUGUCGCAGCAGUGAAGGUGACCAACUUACCACCAAAAAUCAGAAAGUUGCAGAUUGAGUUGUUUUUUGAGAGUCCUAAGAAAAGUGGAAGUAGUAAUGAGGAUUUGGAAAAAGUAGAUUACGACAAAGCGACUCACUGUGCCAUUGUAUGGUUAAAAAAAUCUGAAGUGGUAACAAAGGUUCUGGAAAAACACAAGACCUCACCUUUUAUGUUAAACAAACAGAGAGUAGAAGUAGAGGAAUAUCGUCCAGCUGUAGAUGAGUAUGAAAGCAGCUCAAAGGACGAGGAAGGAGGAGUAAUCGAAGUCACAAAUAUACCUUCUAAAACUACAGAGGAGGAACUUGUCUUGUUUUUUGAAAACCGCAAAAAAAGCGGUGGGGGUGACGUUGAAAAGGUUGAAUACAAUAGGUCAACCCACAUGGCUGUUAUUUGGUUUAAAAAGGAGGAUGGUAUGACUUUAUAA